AUGGACAAAAUGGCGAAAUUGAUGUUUACAAAAUUGGAUGAAUUACAAAAUCAUGAAGAUUUUACUAUUGUUUUACUUUCUGCGCAGAAAAGUCUCCUAUAUGAAGAAAAUAUCGUCGAUUAUUUAAAGAAAUGCUGUUCAUUAGAAGCUUUUAAUGAUUACGUGGAUACAGUUCAAAGUGAACAUAAAAUCCUUCUUAUUUUGACGAAUUUCUUUGACGAUCUAUCAACAUUUCAUCAAUUCCGUCAAAUCCAUGCAAUAUACAUCUUAAAUUCUUCCUCCCAACCCAUCCAAAUCGACAAACAAACCUAUUCCAAAUUAGUAGACAUUUUCACAGAUGAAUCCGUGUUAAUUGAACAACUACGUCAAGAUAUUCUUCUUACAUACAUAAGUGACUUCCCAAUCGAUAUUUCCAUUUUAGAAGAUAUGAAAAAUCAACAAAGCUUAACUAAUUUAGAUAACACAGCACUCAUGUUUUUGUGGAAUCAAGCAUUUAUUCAUUAUCUAGUGAAUUCCCCUUUGUUACCAAUGGAUAUGAAUAAACUCAAAGAGAAGAUGUUGCGUCAAUGUCGACUGGAAUAUGCAACUAAUAAAGCUCAAUUGAUCACUAUUGAUGAUUUUGAAAGGAAUUUUAUAUACGACGAUGCAGUGAAAUGGUAUACCAAACCAUCGUUUGUCUAUCGUCUUGUAAACAAGGCAUUUCGUACUCGAAAUAUCAAUUUAAUCUGCAAAUUUCGAUAUUUUAUUAUAUUUCUACAUGAUCAGCUAGCGAAAUUGAACAAAAUUCAACGAAAGGAAAACUAUCCUGUUCUGUAUCGAGCACAGAAGAUGGAGAAGAACGAACUGAAAAAUCUGAAAUCAAAUGUCGGAAAUCUCAUUGCAACAAGUACUAUAAUGUCAGCCACACGAAGUCGAAAUGUUGCAGAAGUGUAUGUAACUCCAAAUGAGACCAAUGUUAUGUUCGAAAUACAUAUUCCCAAUGGAGCUAUUGAUACAUGCUUUCCAUUCGCUGAUAUUUCUCAGUUUAGUGCAAUUCCAGAUGAUGACGAAACUCUGUUCUUUGCUGGAUCAGUUUUUCGUAUUGAAUCUGUUGUUGAAGACGAUGAUUCGCUAAAAACUGUUAAAAUUACUUUGGUCAAUCAAACAAUUUCGUUAACAAAACAAUUCGUAGAUCUUCUUGAGAUGGACCUGCCAGGUCUUAUUGAUGAACAGCUCACUCAUACAUCCUAUUGGGCUCGAUUUUUUACGAAAACAGAUGAUUUCAACUUAAUGAAAAACUAUUACAUGUUUUUAACAGGUGAAAAAUGGUCAUUUGAGAUGAUAUUAACAGGCAGAAUAGGUAUUGAUUUUCAUUAUUUAUUUCGUAACUUAGGCAAAUAUGAAAAGUUUAUUGAAUAUUAUAAGCAACUUUUAUUAGACAGAAAUUUCAUCAAUCAACAAAAAUUUAUUGUUCUUAACAUCCUUAUCGGAUGCAAUUAUCUUUAUCUUGGCGAGCACUACGAUGCAUUCACUCACUAUGGCCUGGCAUUUUCAUUAUUAGACGAGAAUCAUCGAUUAACAGGUGAACUUUACCAUCAUAUCGGUGAUGUAUGGAAUGCAACACGUGCUUUUAAGAAUGCAUUAUCAUGUUAUUGUGAAUCUUUGAGAAUUUUGACGAAUUGUUGUGUUAAAGAUUACAAUAUUGCGAGAUUGUACAGAAAAAUGAGUAAUGUGUAUCGAAAUGAAGAAAAUGAUCUUGUUGCGGCGAAAUAUUAUGAAGAAAAAGCCGAGGAAUUGGAUAAAUCUUUUCGACAACCAUCAGAAUUAAACUACGAUAACUUGUUAGAAAAAUAUCAGGAUCAGUUAAAUAAUGGAGUCGAUCUUCAACCAGCUGAUCGCGCGAAUGUGUUAUACUCAAUGGGUUUAUGUUUAAUAAAGAAACGCGAUUAUGUAAAGGCAUUGAAGAAAUUAUUCCAAGCAAAAGAACUAUACAAAAGUCAUCUCUCAUCAUCUGAUCAUAUCGAGAAGAACUUCAUUAAAGUUUUUGAUAGUAUUGCAUGGAUUUACCUUCGUUUAAAUGAUUACUUCAAUGCACUGUUAAUAUGGAAGCGAUCGAUUGACUUACGUCGAAGUUUUUUAUCAAACUAG